AUGGCUUCUGAUGCUGCCCGACAGCAGCAAAUCGUCAUUGAUCUCGUAAGCGACGAGGAGGAGGAUGGGAGCGUUCACGAGGUUCCACUCCCAUUGCAAAAUCAACCGCCACCCAUGCAGUGGCCACCUGCGCGACCUGCUCCACGCCCCGAAGAGCGGGCCGCCCAGGUCAACAUGCUCCAAGACUACGACUUCGGUAUGCCCGGCGACUUUCCGCAAGACCUGCUGAACAACAUGCCAGCCCCGCAGGGAGCACCAGUCGACCAGUCAAACGGUGGGGAAUGGCUUGAAAUUGACGGCGAGCAUAUCUUCAUACCGGAUGAUAUCCCAGAGCCUCGAACGCAGGCCAUGGGGCUAGCUCCACCGGCAAAUCAACCCAGCCUCGACGCUGAUAUGGCUGAAAUGCUCGACUCCGACUUCACUGCGGACGUAUGCCUACAACGUGUCCUUGCAAUCUUCCCGGACAUCAACCAUGAACACGUUCAUAAGCUCUACUCGGACUUCGAUCAUGACACCUCGUUGCAGUCACUUUCUGGACGCUCCCGGUUGGAGAACAUUAUCGAGAAGCUGAUCUCUGGAGAGAGCUACCCCAAGCAAGACAAAGGCAAGCAGAAGAAACGGAAGCGGGAGGAUGACGAGGACGGCAUGGUCGAGCGCUGGGAGGCACCAACACGCGAAGCUGCACCUGCUCAAUGCAAAGGUGCAAUUACUGCCAUCAUCAAAGCCGACUUUCCGGAGGUCGCACAGAACAUGAUCAGUCAGUUCUUGGCCACCCACAAACAUCUCUACCAGACCUAUGUGGCUGUUGCAAAUGCGAGAGACACCAGCGAUGGUCGUAAAAAAUGGCUUGGCAAACCAUCGAAAGCCAAUGCUUCUCCCGAAGAUAUCGCUCGCAACUCUGGUCACGAGCCGCUCCUGGACGAGCUUGAAGCUGCGCGCAAGCGCGUGCAGACUGUCCGAGCAAAGCGGGUUGAAGAUCAGGCCAAGAAGAGGGUCGAGGAAGAGAAUCUGAGAAUCGCGACUGACGCUGGCGAAACCGCCGAAUGCCAAGCAUGCUUCGAGGACCUUCCCAUGAACAGGCAGAUCCACUGCAAUGGAGACACCGCUCACUUCACGUGCUUCGAGUGCGCUGAGACGUAUAUCAAAUCAGAAGUCGGCGAGUCUCGAUGCCGAGUGCUAUGUACCGCUGGCUGUGGCGCGGGCUUUGCCCACGCUCAACUCCAACUGCUAGCCGACAAGCCGCUUCUGGAGAAACUCUCGCAGCUGCAACAAGAAAAAGACAUUCGCGAUGCAGGGCUCGACGAUUUGGAGGAAUGCCCGUUCUGCGAUUACAAAGCUAUCCUCCCACCUGUCGAUGUGGACUUCGAAUUUCGGUGUGCCAAUCCGGAAUGUGAGAAAGUUAGCUGCCGCCGCUGCAAAGCAAUAUCCCACGUACCACAGUCUUGCGAAGAGCACGCCAAAGAUAACAAGCUGAACACUCGUCACAAGAUCGAAGAGGCCAUGACUGCUGCUAUGAUCCGCUCGUGCAACAAGUGCAAGAAGCACUUCAUCAAAGACUAUGGCUGCAACAAGAUGGUACGUAUCCUACCCGGCUCAACACUCCAUGUGCUAACAUUUACAGACCUGUCCAUCGUGCGGAAACUUGCAGUGCUACGUCUGUUCGCAGUCUUUGAAGGACUACAAUCACUUCGAUCAAGGUCCUCGGGGACCAAACGCCGAUGGCAACAAGCGAUGUCCUCUUUACGACAAUGUCGAGGAGCGACACGAACGUGAAGUGAAAGAGGCGGAAGCAGCGGCUCGCGCCCAGGUCAUGGAAGAGAAUCCUGAUGUGUCUGCGGAUGAUCUGCAGAUCAAAGUGUCGGAUGCUGUCAGUAAAGCCACUCAGGACCGCAUUAGACAAGCCGGUGGGGGUAUUGGCAGGGCCGUGCCAGCUGGAUUCGGAGGUUGGUUCAGGAUGCAUAACCACAUGGACCCAAUGUUCGAGGGCGAAGAGGCUGACUAUGACGAGGAUUUUGAUGUCGACGAAGGGGUUUGGGAACCUGUGCGUGCACGUCUAGCUGCCCAGAGAGAAGAGCGCCGCCAGAGGAUUGCCGGAAGGCCUAGACUGCGGUUCGGCAAUGGUGACAGGAUUUUGAACAUCCCAAGAGUGGAUGCAGCAGCUCGGGUGCAGGAAGCGCGACUUGCGAAUGGAGCUGCAGCCGCUGCAGGACGCCCUCAGGUGCAAGGCUUCAUCCCGGUUUUCGGAAUAAACCCCAUCGGUCAGCAAGCUCGGCCUCAGCAGCCAUACCUACCGCCUCAACCUGCGCCUGCUGGGCAAGCUAAUAAUCCUGGAAUUGGCAAUCUGUAUGAACCUCCGCAUCUAGCAGUCGGUCUUGGCAAUGAACACCAGCAUCGUUUUGACGCACCCGAUCGACAAGCACAGCCCGGCUUCCUUCAGCGGCUGGGUGUGUUUGGGCCGGACGCUCGCCCUGGAGAUCCUGCGCUUCUGCAUCGAUUGCAUCAUCAGCAGCGUAUACUAGCUCUUCAACAGGCUGCGCUACGGCGAAGGCAAGAUGAGCUUGGGCAAAGGGAAGGUCUGAACCCACGAGCAUUUCAGCAACAUAUUCAAGCCGCUCGACAACGGAGAGGUCUCGAUCUUGGUGAGGCCGCUGAACAGCAAGCACAAGCUAGGCCUCAUCAACACCAACAUCACCCGCCCCUCCGAGCUCCCAAUUUCCCAGCGCCCGCGCGACUCGGUGAUGAGUGGGCAGCUCGAUUUGCGGCCCUGGACGAGCGUUUCCUCGAUCUACAAGACGUGAUGGCGCGUCACAACCGACCGCAAAACAAUCAUGGCCCAGAUCGAGACCUUCCGCGUGCACCUGGGCAAGGUUAG